AUGGAGGUGAUGGCGGCGCCCGCGCCCGCGCCCGCUGCGGUGGCGGCGGAGUUCAGGCUGCCCGCGGAGGUGGUGGCGGUGCUGCCGGAGGACCCGUUCGAGCAGCUGGACGUGGCGCGCAAGAUCACCUCCAUCGCGCUGGCGUCCCGCGUCGGGCGGCUCGAGGCGGAGGCCGCGCGGCUCCGCGCGCAGCUCGCCGAGCGCGACGCCCUGGCGGAGGACCUCCGCGAGCGCGUCGAGCAGCUCGACGCGUCGCUCGCGGUAGCCACCGGACGCCUCCGCCGCAUCGAGGAGGAGAAGGAGGCACUGCAGAGGGAUAACUCGUUGCUGUCAAACACCGUCAGGAGAUUGAACAGAGAUGUUGCCAAGUUGGAAGUGUUCAAGAAGACGCUUAUGCAGUCACUUCAGGAAGAUGAAGACCCUGCUAACACUACUCCCAAGGCAAGGGUCAGCGAAGCUUCAAAUUUCUCCUCGGCAACAUCUGCUGGAGAUGAAGAUUCUGCAUUUCCAGCUUCCAAAUCGUCGCAGUUAUCGGAAACUGCGAGUUCUAUCUCAGAGGAGAGUAGUUAUGUCGAGCCAGAUGUACCUAGGCCACCCCGUCCACAUGUAUUUUUGCCAUCAUACAACAGUACACCAAGGAUUACUCCCCCAGACUCACCUCCAAGGAGUUUCACAUCAAUGUCACCUCCAAGGCGACAUUCGAUUUCAGUUACAUCAAGGAAUCUCUUUGAUGACAGGUCCUCAGUCUAUCCUGGUCAUCAUAGUUCAGUGACAUCUCCAUUUGAUGCCGCAAGUCAUACAGGACGAACACGAGUUGAUGGAAAAGAGUUCUUCCGUCAAGUCAGAAACCGCUUGACUUAUGAGCAGUUCAGCGCAUUCCUAGCCAAUGUAAAGGAGCUGAAUGCACACAAACAGACCAGAGAGGAUACAUUAAGAAAGGCUGACGAAAUAUUUGGUCCAGAUAACAAAGACCUAUACUCCUUAUUUGAGGGCCUAAUUACUCGCAAUAUUCAUUAGAAUCCUCAAAAACGAAACUUUUUUCGUGGCUAAAAGUGAUCCAAGUUUUUUCAGGAAUUAUGGUAUUAAUACGUUUGGUCUUUAUUUUUUUGGGUUGUAUUUCAGUUGAUACUCAAUUCAGAUUCCUGGUGUAUAGUUAAAAACAUGUUCUUGAUGUUAAUAUAGAAUUUGUAAGGUGCGGUUAUAUAUGUAACACAGAUGAAAAGUUUGGAAUAA